ACUGUUUCGAAAGUUAGUUUGCUUUUAGAAGUGUUCAGAUGCUGGAUUUGGGUAUAAAUUUUGAUUUUUGGGGGAACCCAUUAAACAGGAAUAUCAAUCUAGCUCUGUAAGGAUUAAUGAUUUUUACUUUAUGGGGAGCUUCCUAAUUUGGGAUUAAGGUGCUGAUGAUGUCAAAGCUUCUGUUUUGGGCUUGGCUGAUUAACAGCAGAGGACUUGCAAAGAAAGUGAAGAAUGCUUCUCAAUCGUCUGUGUGUCCAAUCAAAGACUCUGGGGCAAAUCGUGAAUGCCCGAAUUGCCAUUUUGUUAUAGAUAACAGUGAUGUUUUAUCGGAAUGGCCUGGCUUACCAGUUGGUGUGAAGUUUGAUCCAUCUGAUGGUGAACUCUUAGAACACUUAGCAGCUAAGUGUGGGGUCGGAAACUCACAGCCACACAUGUUUAUUGAUGAGUUCAUCCCAACACUUGAGGGGGACAAUGGAAUUUACUGUGAUCAUCCUGAAAACCUUCCUGGUGCAACAAAAGAUGGAAGCAGCAUCCAUUUUUUCCACAAAACAAUGAAUGCAUAUGCUACUGGUCAGAGGAAGCGCCGCAAGGUUGAUAAUCAACGUAGUGUGGCUGCAGAGAAUAUCCGCUGGCACAAAACGGGUAAGACCAAGGCUUUAAUAGAAAAUGGAAUUAAGGGCUGGAAGAAGAUCAUGGUUCUAUACAAAAGUUCGAAGAAAGGUUCCAAACCAGAGAAGAUGAACUGGGCGAUGCAUCAGUAUCACCUGGGAGCUGAAGAUGAUGAGAAAGAUGGUGAAUAUGUGGUGUCGAAGAUAUUCUACCAACAGCAUAAGCAGUCAGAAACGAAUGAUAACAAUGUGGUUGUUGAAGACUCUGACGUCAACGCACUUCAAACUAGUCCCAGGACCCCCGCAACCAAUCCUCCAAUUCCACCCAGACCAGGGAAAUCUGUUUGGUGUGAUGAUGUUCCUGAUGAAGCUAUGCUCCCCUCAUCUUCCAAGGAAGUGGAGCUAGUCCAGGAAGCAUAUCAUGUCCCUCAACCUGAUACUCGGUUUGAGGACAACAUUGGGCAGCCUACCUGGCUGGCAGGCGAAUCUCAGGUUGACGAUUUAGAUAGCUUGAGCGAAACCUUGUUAUGCAAGGAGAUUUUCGGUUAUUCCACUGAUCUAAAUGGUUCAGCACCGAAUCCCAUAUCUAACACUGACUUUAAUAACAAUACAUACGGGGUGACUGGAAACAGCAGCACAUCGUGUGGAAUUCAUGACCUUGAAAACAUUGAACUUGAUUCUCCUCCAGAUUUCCAGCUAGCUGAUUUGCAGUUUUGUUCCCAAGACGGUUUACUUAAUUGGCUCGACAGGUUAUGAUGACGAUGAAAGAGCUUCCGGGAAUGACAUCGAAUUCCCAAUUUUGUGCAAUCGUAGAAUCCAUUUAACUGGCCUCUUUUCCCGCAUACUCUUCAGUGGCAACGAGGCAACUUCAGCGCUCUUGGAGACACAUGGGUUUUCCCGUUGCCCUCUGCAACUUGUCCGAGCUUAUGAGGUGCCCUGGCGUGUAGCCAUGGAGUUAUAUAUCCGUAUCAUUCAGCUAUCGACUACUGAGAUUAGUAUUCAGUGCUCAGAAUGUUCAACUGAAAAUUGGCACCGAUGAUUUUAUAUUCCGCCAUUCGUGCUUCUCCUAGGUGCCGAAAUAUGGGUGAUCGUUGUAUUAAGUAUUGGCGUUGCGUGCUUGUGGACAAGUGAGACUGUUUUUGUCACCAGUGUAUGGUAGAUCAAAGCAUGUUGUGGUAUGCUCAUACAUUGUUGGUAAUAGCAGUCAUGUGAUGGAUUUAGUAAUUUGGAACUUAUUGCAUCUUGACAAAUGUUUGCUGUAUAAUCAAUGGUUUGUUUUUAUUA